ACAGUCGCCGCAACGCAUCACAGCAGAGAGAGAGAGAGAAUUUGGAUUUGGAGAAGUGGGUUUGUCUCAGAUCUUACAAAGACCUUUUACUUGUGAAGAAGAUUUUCAGAGAGAACUGAAAAAAUGGACUCCUAUGGAGGUGGGUACUUCGUUGACGAGAAAGCAGUUCAAGUCGAGAACAUUUUCUUAGAAUUCCUCAAAAGCUUUAAGUUGGAUCAGAAUUCUCGAGAACCAUUCUACGAAUCAGAGAUCGAAGCCAUGAGACCCAGCGAAUCCAACACAAUGUUCAUUGAUUUCUCUCAUGUCAUGCGAUUCAACGAUGUUCUUCAAAAGGCUAUCUCUGAUGAAUAUCUCAGGUUUGAGCCGUACCUGAAGAACGCCUGCAAGAGAUUUGUGAUGGAACAAAAACCCACAUUCAUCACCGAUGAUAACCCUAACAAGGACAUCAAUGUUGCAUUCUUUAACCUCCCUUUGUUAAAGAGAUUGAGGGAUUUGAAUACUGCUGAUGUUGGGAAACUGGUAGCGGUGAGUGGCGUGGUCACUCGCACUAGUGAGGUUCGACCGGAGCUUCUCCAGGGGACUUUCAAGUGCCUUGAAUGCGGAAAUGUCAUCAAGAAUGUUGAACAGCAAUUCAAGUACACUGAGCCCAUUAUCUGCGUAAACGCAACGUGCAACAACAAGAUGAGAUGGGCAUUGCUUAGGCAAGAUAGCAAAUUUGCAGAUUGGCAGAGGGUUAGAGUUCAGGAAGCUUCCAAAGAAAUUCCGGCAGGCUCGCUUCCCAGAUCAUUGGACAUCAUUCUUCGCCAUGACAUUGUCGAACAGGCCAGGGCUGGUGACACGGUCAUAUUUACAGGUUCUGUGGUUGUGAUACCCGACAUAACGGCAUUGGCCUCACCAGGAGAGAGGUCUGAAUGCCGUCGCGAAGCUUCUCAGCGCAACAAUAGUGGUGCUGGGAAUGAAGGUGUCAGGGGUCUUCGAGCAUUGGGAGUGAGAGACCUCUCAUAUCGCCUUGCCUUUAUUGCCAAUUCAGUUCAGAUCGCUGAUGGCAGAGGGGACACUGAUAUCAGAAAUAGAAAGAAGGAUGCUGAUGAAGACGAUAACCAACAGUUCACGGCAGAAGAGCUUGAUGAAGUCCAACGAAUGCGGAAUACUCCUGACUUCUUCAAUAAGCUCGUUGACAGCAUUGCACCGACUGUUUUUGGUCACCAAGAUAUCAAGCGAGCCAUCCUGCUCAUGCUUUUGGGUGGUGUUCACAAGAUCACUCAUGAAGGUAUCAACCUGAGAGGGGAUAUCAAUGUCUGCAUUGUUGGGGAUCCCAGUUGUGCAAAGUCUCAGUUCCUCAAGUAUACUUCAAAUCUAGUUCCAAGAUCUGUCUACACAUCCGGAAAGUCUUCCUCUGCCGCUGGGUUGACUGCAACAGUGGCAAAAGAACCAGAAACUGGGGAGUUUUGUAUCGAGGCUGGUGCACUGAUGCUCGCGGACAAUGGCAUCUGUUGCAUUGAUGAAUUUGACAAGAUGGACAUCAGAGACCAGGUUGCAAUUCAUGAAGCGAUGGAACAACAGACAAUAAGCAUAACCAAAGCAGGAAUACAAGCAACAUUGAAUGCUCGAACAUCAAUUUUAGCUGCAGCCAAUCCCACGGGGGGGCGAUAUGAUAAAUCAAAACCACUAAAGUAUAAUGUGGCUUUGCCACCUGCUAUCCUUUCGAGGUUUGAUCUGGUUUAUGUUAUGAUCGAUGAUCCAGACGAUCAAACCGAUUACCAUAUCGCUCACCACAUUGUAAGAGUUCAUCAAAAGCAUGAAGAAGCACUUUCUCCUCCAUUCACAACUGCUCAAUUGAAGCGUUACAUUGCAUAUGCAAAAACUUUGAAACCAAAGCUAAGCCCAGAAGCCAAAAAAAUAUUGGUAGAUUCUUAUGUUGCUCUCCGUAGAGGUGAUACAACUCCUGGGAGUAGAGUUGCUUAUCGCAUGACAGUUAGGCAGCUAGAGGCAUUGAUCAGGCUUUCAGAGGCCAUUGCUCGAAGUUAUAUGGACGUUCAGGUCUUUCCUCGCCAUGUACGUGUUGCUGUGAGACUGCUGAAAACAUCAAUAAUAAGUGUGGAGUCCAGUGAGAUUGACCUUUCUGAGUUUCAAGAAGAGAAUCGUGAUGAUGGUGAUGGUGGUGAUGAUGGAAAUGAUGGGCCGGGUCAAGAUGAAGCUCAUCCAAGUAGUGCUGCACCUGAGCCAGCUUCCAGGAAUGCAGGCUCUGAUCAUGCAGAAAGUGGAGCAGAGCCUGCAAAUCGACAAGGAAAGAAGCUUGUGAUAAGCGAUGAAUAUUUUCAGAGGGUUACUCAAGCCCUUGUAAUGCGACUUAGACAGCAUGAAGAAACUGUAACGAGAGAAGGCACUGAGCUGGCUGGAAUGAGACAGAGGGAUUUGAUACAAUGGUUUGUUAGUCAACAGAAUGAGAAAAAUAACUACAGCUCCAUGGAGGAAGCAGCAGCAGAAGUUUCAAAAAUCAAAGCCAUUAUAGAGAGUUUGAUAAGAAGGGAAGGCCAUUUGAUAGUCCUGGAUGACGGUAGGCAAGCAGCAGAAGACGGUGACAAUGCUAGGCAGUCUUCUUCAUCAUCUAGAAAUGACAGGAUUUUAGCUGUGGCACCUAAUUAUGUCAUCGAUUGAUUGGGAAAAAUAAAUGCUUCUAAUAAUCUGAAUCUCAACACGCAUCUAGGGCUUACAUGGUCAUGGUGAGUUCAACCUAACUAGAGCCAAACUUACAAAUGAUGUAUGAUUCAAUUGCAAGAUGUUUUCAAACUGAAAAAUACAGGUGUGAGAAGCCAAAUUUGGCUCCACUGUCACUGGCUUAAGGUGUAGAAGGGUGAAAAUUGUAUUUCAGCAGAGUUGGCUAGUUGUUGGUUUCCUAUCUUUAGGGUUAAUAGAUUUGAACUUUAUGUUUUGUGCUUAGUAAAUCACAUUGCAAGAUAUUGUUUGCCGUGUUUUAUUGCUAUUGUAUUUCAUUGUUAUGCUGUUUUUAAUCUAAUACUUGUUUCCUUGGAACCA